GCUAAUCAACAAAUGAAGUGCAAUCAUGGGGACAGGAAGACGCGCUGUGAUAAUAUUACAGUGACUGUACUGAGGAAUUUAAAUACAACAGAUCAUGCAGUCACACCGGCCAUAUGUCACUCUCGGAGUCUUGGUCACAAUAAUACCUUUGGCUCUUUCUGAGGCGAAUUGUAUUGUUGUUAUUGCUCCAAGUGAAGCAUCCGUUGCUUAUGAAUAACCGAUCAAAAGGAUUUGCUGAGGUGUAAAUUAAGCCUGGAAUAGGCACUGCUUCCCAGUGAGAAAGCAACAGAAGGGCUGUGAAGAUCAGCCCUAAUGGAAGAGAUCGAAACAGAGCUGACCUGCUCCGAGCAGGACGCUUUAGGAGCAGACUUCAUCACGGUGGAGCUGGACACCCAGCCCAUCGAAUAUGUUGUCAAGUGGGCCGAGGUGGGCUCAAAAUUCACUUUAGCCUGUGUGAAAAAGGAUUUGGACGAGGCUGCUUGCUUCACCUCCGAUCAGAUAGUGAAAGUGGAACCGGACGAGACGUUCUUUGUCCCUUACGAAGCCGUGUACCCAGAAUGUGAAGAAAUAGAUCCGAAUUUGAUCCCGACGCACGAGGAGGAGGUAGGAAGUGAAUCGGACUCCGACGACAACACAGAACCGGGGAAUAGCCAGCUGUGCGAAGAGGAGGAUGUUUCUGAUAUUUCCUGGGAGAAGGAGGUCUCUCAUACUAGAACCUAUAAGUGCCACUUCUGCGGCAAGAUCUACAGCCAUUCCUCCAGUCUUGCUCGCCAUCUGCACGUGCACUCGGAUAGAUCGUCCCUCCCUUCCUCGAAAGGUUUCAGCAAGUUAGGCGACAACAAAAAGUCUCUGCAGUGCAAUCUGUGCGGGGUGAGGUGCAACGGCAAGCGGCUUCUGGCGAUACACAAGAAAUGCCACAAAACCAAGAGACUGCACACGUGCAACACCUGCGGCAAAACCUUCAAUCACAGCUCUAGUCUGUCGCGGCAUCGGUUAAUCCACAAAAAAGGCUUGGAUAAAAACGCUAGGCCGCUGUACCCGGCUCCAACCCCAGCGCCCAUCAUGACCCAGCACAGUUUCCACAGCACGAAUAAAAGAACGCCGGUCCCCUCAGGCGAGCGUGAGAAGCAGUACCAGUGCGCGCAGUGCGACAGGGUCUUCAGCCACUCCGCCGGCCUCUCCAAGCACCAGGUGGCUCACGUGCGACAGCUGCUCAACUCAUACACGCAUGGCAAAGACACGCUCGACAAGUCCUCGGACCUAAAGAUCCGCCUGAAGCUGUGCUCCCGCGACAAGCCCAACUACUACACCCUGUGCAAGAAGAACAAGCACAACAAAGGGGGCAAGAAGAGGCUGUGCUUGCCGAACGAGGAGCGGCCGUACCCCUGCCGCAUGUGCGAGAAGCGCUUCAGCCACACCACCAGCCUGUCUCGGCACGAGCACACGCACGCCAGCGACAAGUGCUACACCUGCAACAUCUGCAAGAAGACCUUCAUACGGCUCUCCAACCUCAAGCAGCACCAGCAAACGCACGCUUCGGGCAAGCUCUACGAGUGCCCACAGUGCGGGAAGACUUUCGUUCACUCCUCCAGCUUCUCGCGCCAUAAGAAGGUCCACGCGGCAAUGAGGCUGUCACCGAAACUGGAAGACAUUAAGUGCGAAGAGGAACUGGUCAUCGAUGAGGUGGCCCCGCUGGAAUACGAGUCCGAGUGAGAAGGACCGAGGUUCUGGAACUGUCCUGGCACAGUCGACACGGAUGUUCUUGAACUGUGAUGGGGAAAAGUGUUGUUGUGUUUUUGCCUACGUUAUCUCACGACCAAUUCGUACGUAUUUUACGAGGUGGCAAAUUCGUACGACCUCACUCGUACGAAUUCAUACAAUUUGUCUAAACCCCAGGACGGGUAGGUUUAGGGGCGGGGUUAGGGGUAGGUUAUUAGUACGAAUUCAUACAAAUUUGGCAAUUCAACAAAAAACAAUCAAAUUCGUACGACCUCACUCAUUCGUACGAAAUUCAUACGAUUUGUCUAAACCCCAUUGAGGUACGAGUGAGGUAGCCUACGUUUUUUUGCUAAAUCGUACAAAUUCAUAUGAAUUAACCACCUCGUAAAACACAUACGAUUUAGCAAAAAACGUAUAAAUUCGUACAACCUCACUCGUACGAAUUUAUACGAUUUGUCUAAACCCCAGUGACGGGUAGGUUUAGAGACAGGGUUAGGAGUAGGUAAUUCGUACAAAUUCAUAUGAAUUUGACAACUCGUAAAAUACGUACAAUUUAGCAAAAAAUGUACGAGUGAGGUCAUACGAAUUUGCCACCUGGUAUAAUACGUACGAUUUAGCAAAAAACUUACAAAUUCAUACGAGUGAGGUCCUACAAAUUAGCCACCUCAUAAAAUAUGUAAGAUUUUGCAAAAAUCGUAUGAAUUCGUAAGAGUGUGGGUGUACAAAGUAGCAACCUCGUAAAAAAAUACGUACGAUUUGCCAUGAGAUCAACUUGGUUUUUGCUGUUUGUUUUUUUUACCUCACUCGUACAAAUUCAUAUGUUUUUUGCUAAAUCAUACAUAUUUUACGAGUUCGGACGAGUGAUCUACGAAUUAGCCACCUCGUAAAAUACGUACAAAUUGCCGUGAGAUCAGGUUGGUUUUUGCUGUUCUUUGUUUUUGUUUGUUUGUUUUUGUUUACCCCUCAUUCUUAUUUUACGACAUCGUAAUUUGGCUGUGUGGCUUCUUUCUAAUAGUCUUGUAAUUAUUAUAGCCCUUUUCAGCCACAUUAUAGGGGAUAUAGUAGCAAUCUUUGUUAAUAAAAGAAAAGUUUUUCUUUUUGUUUUGCUUUGGUUGACAUUCCCUUUUGUUUUGUUCAUUCGGUUUACUGGGAAGGUAAUUCUUUGCAAGCCAAAUUGUGUAAUUCUCAUUUUGUCCACAAGAAAAACAACGGAGAAAAGCAGAUGGCAUUGGCAGUGCAGGUGUUAUUUAUUUUUCGUGCUUGCACUAAUCCUGUGAACCCAAAAUAAAGUACUUAUUGAGGUGUGGGUUGGAGUAGAGGGGAGUGAGGGGCGAAUUUUGUAUGCAAGAAGUAAAUUUUAUAUGCAAUUUACUUGAACGUUGUUCCAUUAAGUGUGUGGUUUGAAUCAAUGAUGUCCCCUGUAAUUAUAUUUAUGCGACCUAAUUUCUUAGACCAACUAAUUGAAGGCUUUUCGCACUUGAAGUAUGGACACACAAGAGCAGGUUUUGCUGUUUGGUUUUAUGGGAUAUUAUAUAUAUAUUAAAAAAAAAGUGUAUACUGUUUCAUUAAAAACUGCUGGAUGAGUGCAAAUGGAGAUGUUCUCCAAACUAACAAGUUGUUUGGGGUGAUUUGAUUGGUUUGACUAGUUUCCUCAACAUGUUGUCUUUGGUACUUAUUUCCUCUUUGAUGUUAAUUUGUCAAAAUAUGAAAUCCAUUGUGUCCAUGGAGGGUGUUUGAUGCUUGUUGGACAUGUACAGAUGCACUUAAAAUAUUGUUCAUUUAAACUUGUGUGCGUGCACUUGAUAAAUAUGAGAAAAGAAUAUACUCACAAAAUGUGUGCUUUUUACUUAAUUCUGCUGUAUAUGUGUAAAAAGUUGCAGUUGCAAAAAGAAGUUCUAUCUGAUUUAUUUUUCUGUAUCUUCAUAAGUUAUGGAAUAGCCAAGGGAUUUCAUAUUUUAACAAGCAUUGCACUAUUGUAUUUAUAGACAGAAGCACUACAUAUUUAGGAAAUUGGAAUGCGACUUUGGAUCUCCCGGUCAAAACCUCAAAUGAUCGAGGCACGGAAAUAUCUUCCAUGCAUUUUUGAAAAAUUGAUCAAGUGCCCUCAGCUACUUUGUGUAAGACCAAAGCUCUUCGACGCGCCACAGAAGACGUGCGGUUCAGCUCAUCAAAGGUGUUCAAUCAGUCUCCUGUUCCAUGUUCAAACGCGUCUGGACUUUCGCUCACCGUUGAAAUUGAAUAGCAAUUACUAACCCAUUUAUGGUGUUUGAAAAAUGAGACUUUGAGAAGAGUUGAGAUGCACGUAUGAAGCACAGAUGACACUGUUACACCCAGAAUGAUGUUAUCGAAAAAGAAAACGCUCUUGGUACUCUCUGUAGUUGUUGGUUGUUUUAAUAUAUUUCCUUGGUUCUAGUCAUUGUUUUUAAUUCUUUCCAAUAAUAUAAGGUUUAUCCGCUCUCCUGUCCACACUCCACAUGGUUUGAUUUAUGUUUGUCAUUUUCUUUGUUUUCAGUUGCUGUAGCUAUUUCAUCUCUCGAUGCAGCAGACCUACAUCUUAUAUAAAGAUGUAUGUUUUUGUAUUGUGUUUGCCAUUAGAUUACAGUUUAAGAGUUCAGUCUUGCAUUUUUUUUGUAAUAAAUAAUUGGUUCAUGAA